AUGAUUAACCCACAUUUCAUGGAUUCAUAUAUGAAAAACAUUCAAGCAUAAUCUCCUCCUAAAAAUGGAUAAAUGAGAAUGUUCCCUGAAAAAUUUCAUACUGAUAAGAUGUUUGGCUAACCAUUAAAUCGCAUGGACCAAGAAUAGGCAAAGCAUUAAACAAAAUUAAAAAACUAUGGAGAUAUUGAUAAAAUAAAUUAGAUUUAUAAGACAACAUAUAACAUGAAGAAUUAAUUUAAUUAGGGCAAUACUUAUUCAAAUUUACACUUUUCUAAAAUGGCAUAUCAAAAAAAUAGAGAAUCAUCUCUGGAUACAUCUACAGAAUCUCUUAGGAGAACUGGAAAGAAAAUGGUAAAUAAUAGCUUUAGCGAUUCAAAGCCUAUUUAGCAGACAUACUAAUCAUAAAAUCAUCUUUAGAACUCCUACUUUUAUUAGUAAUAGAAUUCUGCUAGAGAUAUGCAAGCGUAUUAGUAAAACAUACCUAAUUAAGAGACUCUUUCUAGCAGUAGACAAUAAAAUAUUUAAAAUAAUGAAAAUAAAUUACCUCAUACAACAAUUGGCGACUUUUACAGAUUACCUUCAAAAGAUGAUGUAAAAUAGUAUUAAUAUUCACCUCAAAAGAGGCCAGCUUUUGUUCCAGAUAAAGUAAGUUGCAAAAAGAGAUUCGAUGAACGUGAUCACCAUGAUACUACAAUAGUUUAGUUAAUUAGCAGGACAAGCGAAACAGGCUUUCAUAACGAUACACCUUCAAAAAAGCUAUUAAAAUCAGAUACAUUUUAAGACUCCUUUAAUCAUCUGUUUAAUUAGUAAUAGCGAGGAUAAGGAUAUAGACCUGGUAAAAAAGCAGCGAAUUCCUCAAGAGAAAAUUCUGCUGAGAAUUAUCAAUUCAAGAAUAUAUUAACUGGGGAAAAUGUAUCAGGAGAUAAAAGACAAGGUUUAGCUAUUGUGGAUAAAUCUAUGUAUAAAAGAGAGGAGAUGACGUUAGCAAAUGAAUUUAGAUAAAAAGUUAAUUCUUAGCGAACAAAUUCAGCAAAUCCAACCUAUAAAAAGUUGUAUUUUAGUAAUAUUUUUAAUAGAGAAGAUAUGUCUGGUAGCGAUAACUUAAAUUCUUCCUUAAAUAAUGGGUAAAACUCCACGACAAACAAAUUAAGAGACAAGAAAGUAGCAUUAUAUGAUUCAAACAAUGUAAGAGGUUGUCUAGAUCACUCUAUUAGCAAAGAUCCUAUAGCAAAUAAUAGCAGUACAUCUAGAGAAAGAUAAAUAAAUAGAAUCCCUAUCAGCAAUAUUAGUAAUAAUGUAUCUGCAUUAAUGAUCUCCCAUGAAAUAUUAACUAAAUAACCAAAAGAGCAGCAAGAUUUAAUUAGUAAAAUAUUAUAGACAUAGAAUACUCCUCAUGGCAAGAUGAUAUUAAAAGAUCGUAACUAAUCGCCAAUGACAAAAGGCUUGUUAAAGAAUGAAACUAUGGGAACUCCUUAGAGAUUUUUACUAUCAGACUCUUCAAAUAAAAUAUCCAGCAAGCAUUCCCAUAAUCUGAUAUCUUCCCCAUUUGUAAAAUCUACCAGAAACUGUACAACUUAGCCUUUCUUCAAUUGA